AUACCAAAAUUGCUGAUUGAACCUAAUAUGGAACAUCAAAUUAAUGUCAAUGAAUCUAAAGUCGAAAUUUACUCAAUUAAUGAAACAACACAAUACUAUGAUAAUGUUAAAACCGAAAAUACUAGUGUUGAAACAGACACUUCAAAUGAGAAGCGAAAAAAUUAUUUAAGCUGGGACGAUUUUUUUAUGGCAACAGCAUUUUUGGUUGCUAAACGUAGUAAAGAUCCAGUUACUCAAGUUGGUGCUUGUAUUGUUACUCCAGACAAAAAAAUUGUAGGUACAGGGUAUAAUGGAAUGCCAAUUGGAUGUAAUGAUGAUGACUUUCCAUGGGGUAAAAAUAAUCCAUCAAAGUUAGAAAACAAAUAUUUCUAUGUAUGCCAUGCUGAAAUGAAUGCUGUCUUAAAUAAAAAUUCUAUGGAUCUACGUAAUUGUACCAUUUAUGUUGCACUUUUCCCAUGUAAUGAAUGUGCAAAAAUAAUUAUCCAAUCAGGUAUUAAAGAAGUAGUGUAUUUGUCAGAUAAAUAUAGCUUUAAACCAGAAAUGGUUGCCUCUAAAAGAAUGUUUAAAGCGUCAGGUGUAUCUGUCAGACAACACACUCCAUCUAAACAGCAUCUUGUACUUGAUUUUUMAGAAAUUAAUUCAAAUAUGACACAAAUGCCUAGCACUCCUGACAAAUCAAAUUCUAAAUAAUUGUAUUUAAACUAUGUAACAAAAUUUGACUAAAUUAAUUUUUGGUUACUUUUUA